AAAAUUAUUUUAACUGUCACAUUUGGUAUUGUUUACAUGUAUAUCGAAUUAUUUAUUAAACAUUAUGAUAAAACCAAAUAAAAUAAACUAAUGGCUAAUCAUUACGAAGUUCCGAAUUGGGCUGGAAAACCGCCUGUAGGUUUACAUUUGGACGUGUUAAAAGGAGAAAAAUUAAUUCAAAAAUUAAUGAUAGAUGAAAAAAAGUGUUAUUUAUUUGGUCGAAACGCUUAUAUGAAUGACUUUUGCAUUGAUCAUGCUUCAUGUUCUCGAGUUCAUGCAGCCUUAGUUUACCAUAAGCAUCUCAAUAGAGCUUUUUUAGUUGAUUUAGGAAGUACUCAUGGUACAUUUAUUGGAUCGUUACGUUUAGAAGCUAACAAACCAACUCAACUUCCAAUUGACUCUAGUUUUCACUUUGGUGCCUCAACCAGAAACUACAUAAUCAGAGAGCGACCACAAGCUGGUAUAAGACCUAUUAUUGAUGAAAUAGAAAAAGCUGGGGAAGAAACUGAAGGGGGGUUAUUAGGUUUACCUGAGUCUGAAACGGAAUUAGAUAAUUUAACAGAAUUUAAUACAGCUCAUAAUAGAAGGAUAUCCAUGUUAGGAAUAUCGGAUGAUUCUGAAAAACGUUCUGCAAAUCGGAAAAGAAAACGACAAGGCGUUUCAUUUAAUGAAGACGAAGAAAUUAUUAAUCCAGAAGAUAUUGAUCCUUCAGUUGGACGGUUUCGUAAUCUUAUCCAAACAACUGUUAUACCAACAUCUAAAAGACAAAAACUUGCUGAGACUAUUGGAAUCCAAGCAACUGAAUUUAAACUACCAAAAGCAAUAAGUUCAGCACCACAACUUUAUCAAGAUUUACCUCCAGAAGCUAAUCCAACCUCUAACACUGGCGUUGGAAUGUUUAGUUCAUUAACAGCACGAUUAGGAAUUCAUUUACCUAAUCCAGCACCUGACGUUGAAAUGGAACCGGCUUAUAAACAACAAACACCUUUUGUGCCACCCCAAGUCCAAGUUCAAGACAGUUUCGAACCGAAAAAAAAGAAGUAUGCAAAAGAAGCUUGGCCCGGAAAGAAACCUACUCCUGCUUUACUUGUCUAAUUUGUAUUUUAUUAUUUUUUUUUUCUUUUAUAAAGGAAAAUAUUAAAUUUGUAGAUAUUU